CACGCACACGUGCGCGCGCACAUAUACACAAACAAGCGGCAGGUGUCAGCAGAACACACCCGGAGCUCACAGUACAGGUAUGCAGAUGCGUCCCUUCUGUAUUUCUAACCUUUAAAACUGCACCGCGCUCGGAUUGUGCGUCUGUGGCUGUGAGGGUUCAGUAUUGCGGCUGAAGUCCUCUUGGUGACGCUCUGCUGACAUCACUUUGAUAUUCCCCCACUCAGCUCUCCGCAUCAGACACACGGAGCUCCAGCACUCUCACACACACUCCGUCCACACUUUGUUUCCAUUUCGCUCCGCUCGCCUUGUACAAGACGCACCGGCACAAAAACACAGCCACCGGCUGCCUGCGCACUGCGGCCGGUCCACGUGGGGAGGGCUCUGACUCUUCCUGUCAUUAACAGAAUUAAAGCAAAGGACAGAGAAACUAAUCACGGUCCAGACUGAGGAGAGGCGCGCUCAGAGCGGCAGGAGGAGAGAGAAGCUGUAACUUGGCUGCUUUCAGCGCAGGCGGUCUGAACUGAGCUCGAAGUUUCUUGGCUGAUCGGAGAAGGAAUAAUUUGGAGCCCGGCUGAAACACACGGCGCUGUUGUGGAUAUUACGUCCACCUUAUCUCCUGUGUAUAAGAAUGGCGAGAGAUUACGCAGCGCGCUGCCCGGUGUAUCCGAUGAGAAACGCUUGGCUGGUGGCAGUAGCGGUCCUGCUUGCAGCCCAAGAAAUUGGGGCUCCAAAAGUGCAAGUUGCGGAGGAGCUGGAGGCGUAUCCCACAGAGUCUGUUGAGCUCAGCUGCCAAUUUAACGAUGGAGGCGGUCUGACCAAGCUCACACAGGUGUCCUGGAUAUGGGAACCCUCUGACGGGCACAGGGACAACAUUGCUGUGUACCACCCGGUGUAUGGACAGAGUUUCCCUAAUGUGGCCUUCAAGGACCGCGUUGUGUUCCUUCACAACAGUCUGGAGAACCCAUCCAUCAGGAUUUCUAACCUGAGAAUGUCCGAUGCCGGUCGCUAUACCUGCGAGUACGCCACCUAUCCUACUGGAAAUGAACAAGGGACAACCACCCUCAUCAUGCUUUCCAAGCCCAAGAAUUCGGCCAAUGGUGUGACUGUCCAAGCUGGCACCAAGUCGGUGGUGGUAGCCCGGUGUGAGGCAGCGGACGCCAAACCAGCAGCCACGAUCGAGUGGUUGGCGCCAGUGGGAGGCAAUCAUUCAACCAGCACCACGAGCGGGCCAGACGGCACGGUGACGGUACGCAGCGAGUAUCGGCUGGUCCCUACACCGGCAGACAACGGCAGGGAAGUGAUCUGCAGAGUCAACCAGAAGACACAGAAGCAGCCUUGGGUUUACCCCAUCAAGCUAUCUGUGGAGUAUCUACCCUCUGUGUCCAUUGAGGGAUACGACCACAACUGGUACGUUGGCCGUUCUGAUGCCACGCUGGUCUGCCUGGCUAACGCCAACCCCGAGCCCACAACAAUCACCUGGACUGCGGCUUCUGGUCCUUUGCCAGAAACAGUGGUGGUGGAGGGCAACAAGCUGACAGUGAGGAAGGUGGAUGAUGCUGUCAACACCACCUUCAUCUGUGAGGUCAAGAAUCGGCUCGGGUCCAGCAGGAACCAAAUCACCACUGUUGUCAUUGAAGAGGAACGGCAACUCAUCCAAGGUCCAUCAACAGGUGCCGUAAUAGGAGCGAUCCUCGGUGCUCUCAUCUUCAUCUGCAUAGUCAUCAUCGGCACCAUCUUCUUCAUCCGCAACCGGCAGGAGGACGCAGAGGGCCCACCCAAGCACAAGCCCCCUCCCCCAGUGAAGGCAGGCAGCUCAACAGAAAUGCUCAACAAGCCAUCAGAGCCUCCCACAGCCACAGAGACGGCGCCUCUCAGCCCAGGAGAGGUUUACUACGAGCCCACAGGGAGAGAGCCUGUCACUAACCUGGACGAUGAGACCACCGGAGCCCUGAACGGCAGAGCCCCUCCAGUCAAAUACGAAAAAGAGCGCAAAGAUCAUGCAGCAGACGGUCACCAUAGCAAUGAUUUGGAUUCUUCUAAUCACGAGGUGCCGGCUGCCAACAUUUCUCGUGGCGAAAGCUUUGUUUCUCCUGCCAUGUACGUCUAGUUUUGGCAACCGGAACACCACGUCACAGGCAUAUGGGCAAAUUCCAGGUCACGUUAUUUAGCAUGAAAAGUAAAGGCAAGCACACGUUUCCGCCAUUUUUCUUGUAAACAUUUACAAAUGUUUAAAAAGUUUUAGUCCACACAUGAUGAAUGUUUUCAAUUUAUUUUUAUUUACCUUUCUUAUUUAGUGGGUGUUAUGGGUUUAAAUAUUUUCUCACUUAAUAUAAAUAGUUUUUUUUUAAUCUGUCGUAAUGGUACUUGAGACAAAGAAUUCGGUCAGUUAAAGUAAAAACAGCUUUUUUUUAAAUUAAUUUUAUUUUUUAACCUCUGCCAACUGGAGCCAACUGGAACAUCUUGCCAUUAGCUUUCAGACAACCUAGAGCUACAAUACAAAACAUCGUGACAGACACACGCACAUAGUAAUCCAUGAUAUUAGAAAACCAGAGAGCCAGUGAAAUCACAAUUUACAAUAAUUAAAAAAGUUAAUUAGAUGGUCAAGAGCUUGUGUAAUGCACGUGAACUGGACUACACAGUGCCCUACUUCUGUGUAGUGUUAGCAAAUUGUUUGAUUUGCUAUCAGACGCAAUAUGCAACAUCUCGUGCGAUGACCACACGGUCAAAAAAUUCUUGUUGUAUGUGAGGCUGCCAGUCCUGAGCUCUUCAGUUCACAUCUGUGGAAAGUAAGUUCCCCUCUAAGUCAAGAUGAAACACCAGGGAGCCGAGUACUACAGGGGAAGUAAAACAACCACAUCUGAAGUCCUUUCAAAGCACUCCUCUUUUGCCGCUGCUUGAGUUUAGACGAGGCUGAAUUCAACCCCAGGAAGUCCAAAGCCUGAUCAUCUGGCUCUCCAGGCAGCUUCAUUAAUCGCUCAAGACAUUUGAAAACACAUUUCAGUUAUUUGUCAAGUCCCAAAAUAACUGUAAAAAACCCCCCAACUCAUCCUUGCCCAGAUUACGGUCCAAUAGAGAAACAUUCCACUUUAUUAUGUUGUCAAAGAGCCUCAUCUGUCCCUGCAACUGUCAGAGCGACGGGGCUGCUCGUUAGCGCUAACGAAGGGGAAGUGACAUCAUUUUCAAGCUCUGUAACCUGGCAACAUCACAUCAUUUAAAGUCCACGAUUCAUAUUUGUUCUUGUUAAUUGCAAGAGUCGGUAAGAGUGUGGGCUGGGGAGUGAAGGAGACUAAAGAAAAGCACACACGCAGGAGUGCACACACACAAACAAAAAGCCUCCACCAAUUUUUGCUUUCAGUCCUCUAACAAAUCACACAGUUAGAGUUGAGGAAAACAUCAUAAGGAAUGUAUUACAAAAUGUGUAAAUGCUCGGCAUAUAUUAGAAGGAUACUGCCAUUACAGCCAUUUUAACAGAUUAGAAUGGUCACAAAAUCCGAUAUAUGCAGAUCAUUUCGCACAUGUCGAAAAUAUGCAGUCUGCAUUUUAUCCAAGAGUCGACUUGAAAGGGAAAAAAAACGCGAAAAAGAAGGCGAGCGACAACUUUGCCUUCAGGCUGAAUCAAGAAUUGGUCUUUACAGAUGUCAGAUGAUGGUACCAAAUCAUGGACAGUGUAAAUAGUAUUGAUAAUAUUGAUGAAUAAUAUAUUGUUGGUGAAAUGUGUACACAUAAAAAAAUAAACAAGUGUAAGUGUCAUCAGUGCCUCUGUACAGGGGAUGGAAGUUUGUUAAAUGUCAAACGAGCGACUAAAAAAAGACAAAACAAAGUGUAUAUUACUAUUUUGCUUUUCACGGGUGCAUCAAGGUUGUCACUUAAUACUAAAAUGUUUUUGAGUAUAUAAAAAAAUGAUGUGGAUUUUACUCCGUGUUCAUAUUACUCUGCAUGGCAUGAUCGGUGGCUUGUUGAAACAUUUUCCCAAGGCUGUUUGCGGAAUAAUCUUCAUUUGUAAAAACAUUUCUGAAUGUCAGAAAAGAAAGCUGUUUUUCAUUUCUGUCUCAAUGCAUCUGUCAUACUCAUGCACACCACGAGUCCAAUUUAAGUUGAGAGAGCGGGAUAUUUUUUUGUUUUUAUUUUUUCCUUUUUUUUUCCGUCUCACGACGGUUCCGCAAGCUGCCUGUUUUAGUCUCGAGCACUAAUCUUAAAAUGCAGUCAGCAUGGAAUCGUCGUCUCUUACGGCCACUGAGCCCAGCUCACACAAAAAUACGCCAACUUUUUUUUCUUAAUCUUGGGUUCUUGCUUCAGACUUUGAGCCGCACAAAUCUUUCAGAGCCAUCGUGUUUACUGUCAGAGGGCAGAGAAAGGCGGGCAGCUGAUAAACUGCAGAUUUGUCAGCAGGUAUAAAAGUUAAUGGAGGUGUCACGUAGACAUAGAUGGAAACAAAAGAGAGAGACAGGGAUACAGUGGUGCAUGGUGAACGUAGAUUGAUAGAAUAAUAACAUAAGAUUAAGGAAAAACUGGAAGACUUAUGGGAAAUUAAAACAACAAAGUAGAAAAAUUCUGAUCACAGCUUUCACUCUGCACAGUAGACGCCAGAUGAUAUUUGUUUUGCCGACAUACAGUAUGACAAUCAUUUGUUUUCUUCAUAUGCACUAUGCUUAGUCAUUAUAAUAGUCCCACUUUAUGCUGCUACAUUAUCAUUUGUCCCCAAAAGAGGCAUGCGUGUUUUCCAAAUUAUGUUUACAGUUUUCAUAAUGCGACAAUUAGCUGAAAUUAGCUGAUUUGCUAGCUAAUGUAUAGCUAAAUCCGGCCAGAUGGAGGAUAAAAGAGGACUUCUAAAGCAGCAAAUAGGGUUAAAAGUUUUUGUUGCAUACCUACUUUGUCCCACUAAGAUGUUUAUUCUCAUUAGAGGAAAUGUCUGCAUGCUGCAUGGGCCUAUUUCCAUAUUUUAUAAGAAGAGUCGCCCCACAUUAACAAGUAUACGGCCUUUUGACUCGCUUAUAUGGUGCAGUGUCAGACAAUCGUAUAUGAUGUAUUUUAUAGCCCCGACACAGAACAAAACUGUCAUAAAGGGAAGUCAGUGUAAUGGUUUUGCUUUUUUGUUGCUAAAUUAUUUUCACAAAAUGAAUGAAUAUUUAGUUUCCUGUGGAUUUAUUGUGUUUAAUGCGUUAGCCAGGAGGCUGUUCUUGAGAGAUUGAGCAAGAGGGAAAAGACAAUCAUUGGGACCCAUUAUAUCAGAGACCAAUGACUCAGCAAACCAUUCAGUUCUGAGUUUCGACUCUGCCGUAUCAUUUAAGGAUCAUUCGGUUUUUCCCAGAGCCUUGCGUUUAAUAGAGUUGCUUCAUUGUGAGGUAUCUGGAAUUAGAUUGUUGCCAUUUCCAGGAAUAGAUAUGAAGCUGACUCAUAAAAUGCAAACUGCAAAAACAUAAUUCGGUUUACACUACAGGCUGCCAAACAGCAUGGGUCCACAGUUACAAGAUGGUUAUCGGAGGUAAGUGCAGUGAUUUUACAUGGAUUAUCUGUCAGAUAAAGGCUCCGGCUUCCUCCCUCUGUGAGAGGUGCAGUGUUGCCUUUUGGCCCAGGUGCUUUGCUCAGUCUCCCCACUUCCUCUGUUAUUAGUUCAGCUCCAGAAACACAAGCUGUGAAUGCCAGUGGUAAUAUUGUUCAGUCUGUAUUCAGUCUCUCAUCCACCCUCUUUGUUUUGUUUUUCUUCUCCGAUCUCUCGUUCAUUCAUUGUCAUCACAGCUUUUUAUCACGGAGCCAGACGUGCCUUCUUUAUGUUAUUUUUAGCUUUUCAAUUCUCACAUUUCUUCUCUGACAGUAGAACAGAUGACGAAACUGGGAAAUACACAAACACGGGAUGUGUUUGACAUUGAUAGUGACAGUGCUAAAACAGAAAAAACAACAAAAACACUGGAGAUCAAAUCAUCUUAUGUGAGUGUUUAUUGGGUUUUCUUUCUUUUAUUUUGUGUAUCACAGAUCAAUUAUCAUUUUGUAUGCUUUUUGGGAAUCCUAUUGUACAUGUUUUACAACUCAUUGUCUUGUCAAAUAAAAUGUAA